UUUGUGUAAAAAGUCUGCCGAAGUUACAACGACUGUGAAUGAGGUGAAAUUGAGUGUCAAAUGGAGGGAUAAAGAGUAUUUUAUCAGUGUGAGUGUGUGAACUAUUCUAAAAUUGAUACACAGCAAACAUAAUGUCGACACAACAACCUCAACGGGUGCGUAAAAUUGCAUCGCCUUCGAUGCGGCCUAUGAAAGCAGUACAGCCAUUCACUUUGAAAGGAAGUCCCACCCGUAAAAGUCCGUCCUCACCCAACCUUUGGGCACCCAGAAGAUCUCCAGACUUUAACUACUCUCCGGAGAGGAAGUCGCCGAAUUCGCCAAACUUCAGAGUUGAGCGACCUAAGGCUGUUCGAGGUACCAGCAGUCCCCUGAAGAGAACCGGGUCACUUGAGGCGAUCUAUCUGAAGGGCCAGUGGCCGUCCCCAGAAUUGAUCCUGUCCAAAACCUUCAAAGUCGAUGCUUGCACACAGACUGAGGAAGCAGAUAUUGUCCGACACAAUGCUCACAAACAUGACAAGAAACAGAAAAAAAAAUCCAAGGAUCAUCGACGAUCCAGGUCGUUUGGACCUGGGGAUCAGUUGGCAGCGAUCAGACAGAGGUUAAAGUCCAGCAAGAAUGAGAGUCACAAAGCCAGACAGAGUCCUGUCCCCGCCAGUCACGACGCUCUGUCGGCGACCGCCCCUGCGGCGCUCCAGAACCUCAAUGUCCCCCCCACCCGGACCUCCAAACCCCUGGGGAUCCCUGCACACAUGCCGUCCCACAAAAACAUGUCUCGGUACCAGAGGAACAGCGUUGAGGGCCUCAGUAUGGAGAUUGAGAAAUUGGUGCUGAAGACGAUUGAUCAUGACAACGAGGAAACAGAACAAAUUGAGAUUCCCGAUGGACAUCGAGCUCCGAUACCGGAAACCCCCCACCGCACCAGCAGCACUCGCAGUGUGGACACCCAGACGCCCUCAGGGGUCCUAGAUGCGGGGACCCCCACAAUCAACGUUGACGACACGAGCUCAGGAAGCAGGUCACAUUCAUGCAGUCCUGCCAUUCCCAUCAUCCCCGGCCACAUGGACUCUUCACGUCCCUCUAGUGGGGUCGACUCGGGUUAUGAGAAAGUAGAGAAAGAUAUUGAGGGAUGCGAGUCGGACACACCUGAUUCUCAUUUUAAAGUGGUGGCCAGUCCGCGCCCAAACAAGUCAUACUCAUUCGGCCGCGAACCCCCAGACGGCUGCGAAAAGAUCAGGGUCAUUGUAGAAGAUGACAUGAAACCAAGUCAACCGUCCAUUAAAGUACCUCUGAAGUCUUGUCCAAUCAGGACGUCUCAAUAUGUUUUUAAGCCCAGCAUCGACUCUGCGUUCUGCCCAUUGCGAAACAUGUACACAAAUCAAGGGACACAACCCUCUCCAGCUCCACUUACUUCAUUGGAGUAACCUCCCCUGGAGAGAAAUUUUCAUUUGUUGUUAUUUUUUUUUUUCUCAACAUUCUGCUUGUGAAUAUGAUUGCAUAUAUAUUUUUUUUAUCUUUGCACAUGAAUAAUUAUUGUUUCUUUUCUUAAUAUUUUUUUGUUAGAGCAAUGUAACAAUUACAUACGUCUUCAUUAAGUUAUGCUAAGGAGACUGACUUUUUCUAGUUGCAAAGAUAUUAAAAGGUUGUAUCGAAAAUCUCCAUAAUUAGAUUUAUUUUUGCUUAUUACAAUUUCAAAUAACACUUGUAAAUUACAUGUUCACAACCUUUUUUAGUCCAAUUUAUUGUCCCAUAUUAAUGUGUACACAUCUUUGUUCGCUAGAAAGUAGACAUUACUGACUGUAAAAUUUUUGAAAAAAAAAACAAGCAUCCCCCCUAUAUGUUUUGCCACAAGUGCUAAAUUUCUGCUGUAAAGAGUUUUAUUGAUUGAGAAUAUAACCGUAUAGUGUUAUUAAUUUUUUUUUUUCAAACCCACAUGGGCAUUUUCAAACAGUACAUUAUCAUUUGAAACUCAUUUUUGAUUUGAUUUCAUUUAUCAGUUUUAGUUAAACGAGUGCACAAGAUUGUGUGUUGAAACAUUUACUACACAAUAAUGCCACAACAUUCCAGAUGAUUCAGUAAUGUUUUUAUUCCAUUGUUCAUAAACAUUUUUUUUUUUGCAAUUUACUUCUAGCAAGUCAGACUUAUGUACAUGUACGUUCCCCCAUGAACUUUAGAAAUGGCAUUAACUGUUUAGGCAAAUAGAUUCAUUGGUAGAAAUGAUAUAUAUACCUCAUUUACAUUUAUAUAUGUGUACACUUUAAAAUCACAAUUGAUCAACAGUUGUCUAUCAUCAGUUCCAAAUGAAAUAUUUUCUCACCUAUAAAGUAUUUUUAUACGUCCAUUUGUAUCAGAUUAUUAAUUGUUGUGCUUUAGAAUUUAUGUGCAUUAUUAUUUUCAUUUGUUUGUUUGGUUUUUUUUUUUUCUUUCUACUUUAUUACGACAUGUUCAUGAUAUUUUUCUUACAACAUUGUUAACAAAAUGUUUGACUUUUUUCUCCUCCGUCUAAAUAUUGAAAUGAUAGAAAAAAGGUUUCUGGUGGAACACAGAAAACUGGAUUUAAAUUGCAUGGUGUUUCCCCCAAGCUUUUUGGAUUGACCUUGCCUGUUCUUCCCCCAUUUCAUUUUUCUCUGACAUUUUUUACCGAUUAUCCAAAAAUACAACCCCAAUUAACCCCUUUACAAAUGCAUUUGCUGAGAAAAAAAAAAGUUCUUUUUUUUUUUUUAUUGCUCUGCUUUCAACAUCAGACAUUAAAGCUUAAAGCAUCCCUUGCUCAACUGUAUACUCUAAGAUAAACCUCUUUUCUUUUGCAUCUUUUUUUAGACAUUAUUUUUGUUUCUGAACCUCAGAACAAUCUCAGAGCAAAUUGCUUUGUUCUUUAUUUCCUAAAGCAGCAAUGAUUAAUAUAGAAAAGAAAUACCGGGUAUAUCAAAAUCCAAAAUAGCAAUUAGAACGUGAACAUGAUAGCGACACAAAGACAAAUUUCUCUUGAUUUUUAUAAAAAAAGAAUGAUUUGGGUGUUGUUUUAAUGUAUGUUAGUGUUUUUCAUCUAGUUGUUGUUUCUUGGAUUUUGGAAUAGAACAAGGGGAAAGAAAAAAAAACGAACAGUUAAUUAAGGGUUCUUUCCCCUUGACAUGCGAAUUUUUUUUUUUUAUUAAUUUUUCAUCUAGUAGAUGUUGUUGCUUGAUACUUGGAAUAGAAAGGGUGGGAAGGAUAAGAAAACCAAACUUUGCAAUUCCUACCCCUGACUUGGAACUCCCUAACUUUCCAAGCUUGUGAAAUUUUUUUCGCUCUCUUGAUUAAUCUCCGUCCAGUUCAAUUCUCCACACUGAAAGUCCACCAUAUCUCACGAUCGCCUCAUCAUCCAGACAUCUAACGAUCCGUCCAAUCAGAUCUAGUUUUUCUCUGCAUACCUGUCCUCCACUGUGUUUAUGACUGGUCAAUUCUGUAACAGUAUUUUCUUAUCCUUUAUUUUUGCGAUAUAUUUUUUUUUUUUGGUUCUGUCUUGCUUGGUUAUGGCUUGUAUGCUGUUGUACUAAUAAUUUAAAGGUGAAAAUUUUUCACUGAUUGCAAAUGCUGUAUACAGGGUUAUUUGAAAACCCAUUUUAUUUUCAUUCCAUUCAUCCAAUCUAGAUUAUUGGUAAUUGUGCUUUGUUCGUUUGGCAAAUUAAAAGUUAUUUUCUGUGCCUAUAGCCAAGAUUCAGCAAACUAAACUCUGCUUACAGUAUUUUACUGUUUUGCGCUGUUAUUUUAGAGCUUUUGAUUAGCAGUGAAAGGUUUUCUCUUUACUUGUAACAUGAAGAUUAAGGCAUUGUAAGUAAAGACACACUAGUAAGAGAGUCAUAUUUUAAAUAUAGAUGUAUUUUUAGAAUUAAUGUUAGAAUCUAUAGUUGAAUUAAACUUCAGCACAGAUUUAUUAUGACUCAAAGAUAUGAUGUAUAAGUAUAUUCAUAGAAUUGCAAAUUGAAUAUUAGGCUCAAAACGGAGAAAAAGAUUUUGCUUUUUGAACUAUCCUUAGUACAUUUUUAAUCAAUAGUCAAAAAAGUGUAUUGAAACAUAGAGAAAAGUAAAAGAUGAGUUUUAAAACAUAUAGAACCCAUUGUCAUUUGGCAAGGUUUUUUUUUCAAUUUAUGUAAAACAUUUGUUAAUUUCAUUUUCACAAAGUUGUUGUGGAAAGUUUAUUUUUUUCUAUUUAGAUAAAUUGAUUGCUUUUUUUUUAUGCAUCUAUCAGUAAGAUAUAAGGUUUUUUUUUUUCUUUUGACAUUGGCUAAAUUGCUGGCUAACUUGCUUUAAAACAUUUUGCCUUCAUAAAUUGUUGCUAUUAAAUGGUGAGAAAAAUAACAUUGUAACAUGUACAUGAUCAACAGAUGAAAUGUUGCAUAUUUAGGAAAUUGUAUUUUUCUAAAUUGAUCACAUUGUUUUCAUGAUACUUUCCUUUUGUAUUUUUUCAGAACAGAGUUCUUUACCUAUUUAAUUAAUUAUAGUUAUUUAUUUAAGUUAAUUUAUUUAAAUUUGUUAAGUGAAGUUCACUUUACAUGUAGAAACAUGCAUAGUUUUUAAAAAUGUUGAAAUGAACAUGAUUUUUUAAAAAAUGAUUCCAACAUAAUUAAAUUUGAUUAGGAUCAACUUGCUAAAAAACCCUUUUUCAUCCAAAUUGAUAUAAUUGAUGUUUACAAAUAAAAGCAUUCAGAUAUAGAUAAUAUGGAAUAUGGUACAUGUAUAUGAAUCAGAGUAUAGCGAUCCAAGUUGAUUUAGUGUUGAUUCAUGACAUGGUCUUUAGCCUUCAAGUUGUGAAGAAGCUUUACAUAACUUUAAAAUUCAGAAGAGAAAUAUUGGUUUUGUAAGCGGUAUGUUUAGUAUCAUUAGAAGUGCCAGUAAGAUGGAUUACAAUUAUUGAUGAUAAUUGAGGUGCAGUAUCCCUCAGAAAAGGGAGAUGACUCUUGUGUUAGAUAAAUUACUCCAUGGUAUUAGAUUCACACAUGUAUUCCUUUAUGAAAAUUUAGUGAGAAAUGCAAUUUGUCAACACCUUGUACCAUAAUGGUUUAUGCUAGUAAGAAAUUGAAUGUGCAAAAUCAUUGUUUAUGCAACACUAAUUAAUUGUUCAUUUUAGCAAUGCUACAAAUUUUGGCCAGUUGUAUAAAAUAGUGAAAUAGAUAUAAAAAACACCCACAAGAUUAAGCAAAACUAGAAUUUAGCUGUGGUGAAUUUGAAAAUGAUUUUUUUCUCCUUCUUUUAGGAAUAUGAUAUUGUUAAGUUUGAUUUAAACACCGUGCAUAAAGUUCCCUGCAAUAAUACCAAGUGUAAUUAUAAACUCCCAUUUUCGCAAUGAUUUGGUGUCUUGCAUGUACAUGUUGCAUUUAUGUACAAAAAGUCAUGUUUUCUCUUUACAACAAGGUAUAUAUUAUUACAAUUAUGUAAAGUACAUGCUGUAGAUUCCUUAUUUUACACGAGUACUUUAAUUCCGCAAUUCAACUGUUUUGCUUCAAAUCGCAAGAAUAUAAAAUCACGAACGCUAAAAUUCUUAUCAUAAUUUCAUUUAGUUUACAUCUGUCCAAAAAAUAAAUGUGAGAUUUUAGAUGAAUAUGUAUUCCUUGUGUUUAAUUAGGAAUCUACAGUAUAUAUUGGAUGCUAUGAAACAUCUGUUGUGGAAUAUUAAAGCUUUGAUUUUUUUUAUAAAGAAAAAUAUAAUUUGCUUGUUAGAUACGUGAAGUUUUCAAGUUGUGAUUUUUUUUUCUAUGAAAUGAGAAAUUAAAAUGUUAUUUUUUAAAAUUUCAUAAA